CGGAAAUAUAGGGCGAUGCAAGCACGAUCCCAGCAUGCUUUGCUAAGGGUAGCCAUUCAUAAACUUGCACAUUAAAAUUUGGCGGCACUACUGUCACUUGCUUUUGUCUUAUUGUAAAUGGCAGAGAUCUGAUUUUGAUCAGAAUAUUUCGCAGACGCUGUUGGUUAUUCUAGUUAUUGUUUUACACAGUGAGCCCGGGCACCUCCUGGUCCAUAGAGAGCCAUGGAAGGCAUGUUUGCCAAGUUCGUGUCACAGAAGAUCAGUAAGACUCGCUGGCGGCCGGUGUCAGCAUCCUCACUGCAGCAACCAGAUGUGUUUGCCACUGGCUCCUGGGAUAACGAGGUGAGUGGGCAGUAUGGGGCCCUGGUAAAUGCCAUUAGUUCUACAAUAAGAGCUUCACAUGUGGAGGAUUAGAAGACACACCUCCCAGGUGACUAUUUACUAAGAACAGUGCCCAUUAGACUCAAGCCUCCUUCCCUCUUUUCCAUUUGAAUGCCAGUCUUGGUUUUUUUUUUUUGAAGCUCCAUAUUAUUGGUAUGUUUUGAGUGUAUACCAGAGCUGCACUUGCAAUAAUACCCUUGUUCUAACUAACAUUGUAUUUAUAUAAAUUUAUUAAAAAGUUAUUCCAACCACCAUGACCACUUAAGUGAUUUUGAAGUGGUCAUGGUGGUUGGAUUCAUCUGUAUGUGCAGAAUUUCAGUUUUAAAUGCUAAGCAUCCCGAUAUAUAAUUAGUUGUGCCAGGAACUAGUUGCACCCCUGGCAUAUGUGAUUUAGGCAGCCCGGAAACCUGUUCCUGGCUGCCUGAUAUUAAUUAGGUGCAAAAAUUACGUAUUUUAUCAGCGUGCUGACGACUGAUGUAGUGAUCUUCUGCUUUGCAGGCAGCGUGCCUGCUAGGGGAAGCAUUUAAAUGUAAAUAUCUGAUGUAAUAUAGGUUGAAUAUUUUGGUAAGAUUAACUUUAUUAUGCUACACAUAUAAAGCAUUUUUAUUUUAUUUUUAUGAAAUACUGAUAAAGGCUACCUUGGAAUACCAGAUACCAUAAGACAAAGUAGGGACUACUUUAUUAUAUGGUAAACCUUGAGGUUGACAAAAUACAGCGCUCCCAAGUUUUGUCUAAUCCCAGCAGCGUCACAAAUGACAGCUGUACAAUUCAGAAUCCGUCUAUGGAGGUUCUCACAGGAUCCUCCAUAGACUUCAUUGUUGUACUUUCACAAGAGUACUGCACUGACAUGGUUUCUGCCAACUGGAGCAUCCGGAGGCAAAGGGGACAGCAGCAUGAAGAUGGUGGUGGUCGCAAAGGACAGCCUGAGGUAAGUAAAACACACCUCUCCUGUGCCCCAUGGCCACAGGACCCAUGUCAAAUCUGUCAGGUUUAAAACUCUAUUUCAUAUGUCGGAUCCACUUUAAGCAAUCUUUGGAGAUGUUGACCUGAUUGAAAGGGAAAUGUCAGUUUCUAAGUUACCUAUGGCACGUUGUUGUGCAUGGGCAAGAAUAUCUGUGGAAUGUCUUGCACAAUGGUCCAAGGAGGGAGACCUUAAGAUAAGUAUAUCUCCUUAUUUCCAAAAUUACUAAGACUUGCUCUUAAUCAAAACUGUGAGAGUUUAUAAACUUCUGACCACAAUAAAUGUGAUUAAAAUGCUUACAGGAAUGACUAUUGUAAUGGUGGAAAGUAUAUAACGUACUGCACUUCCUUGUCCAGGAUGCUGUUAUCACUCCUUAUUUGCUUGUGUAUUUUUUUUCGUAAGGUCUGUAAAUGUGCUCUUGUGGUGCCUGCUAAAGCAACAUUCCACACACAUAAAGAACUUCAGCUUGCUUGAAUUGCUUUGUGUCUAGAGUCUGUAACUUUCUUGACAGCUUAUAAUAGUGCAAAUUUAAAUAUAACUCAUAAUUUAACAAAUGGGUAACUGAGUGACCAUUUGGGAGACUUACUUUUGCUCCACGACGAGGAAGACAGCCAGUAGAGGCUUGCUUAAAGUGGCACUGUCAUAAUUUCACUGAAAUUCCAACUCAGUUAAAAGAUUUACUGAGACAAAGUAUGGACUACACUUGACCAUGGCCGGUGCUACAGCCAUCUUGAAGUAUCAAUUCCCUCUGUCAUCACCAGUGACAAUUGCAGAGAUAUUCACUGUAUCUCGCUGGGUCCUUCAUGGAAGCGCCCGGAGCGGAAGAGAACCGAUGAAAAAAUAUGGUGAUGCCUGCCCUACACGACCACCUGUGGGGAUGUCACCGUCGGGAGUCUUUGCAAGUUAUAAAAAGUCCAUAGACUGUGACACUGCUGAUUUAACCCUUUUAUCAAAACAUUGCUGUUUUUUACAAAAUGGCAAUGUUUUACAUUAACCCCUUAAGGACACGUGACAUGUGUGACAUGUCAUGAUUCCAUUUUAUUCCAGAAGUUUGGUCCUUAAGGGGUUAAAGGGUUAAAAUUACAGGACUGCUGCACCCAGAUCACUUCAUGUGAUGUAGGUUGUGUCAAGCUUAAUGUGCUCAAAUUUCAAUAAAGCGAAAAUUAUAACUGGUAUGCUCUCUGCUAACAUAGCCCUCACAGAUUAUGCAAUACUAUUGCAGUCAUGGAAAGACAAGAUAAAACUAUAUCGAAAUGCAUUUCCAUGGCAACCAUAAAUACACACAUCUGUUUGGUGAGUCUGAAGGGCAGUUGUCUUAAUUUUAGCAGUGGCACCUGGAUAGGCUUGACUUAAAAACAGGUAUUAGAAAAUAACUAACAUGUACAGUGUUAUUCACUAAAAUUGUAAUUGUAGGAAAUUAAAAAUAAACUUAAAAUAGCCAAACUGGUUGCUUUCUUAACUUUUUUGACAUUAUCAUUUGAAAUCCACUUUGUCUUGCCAACAAUUCUCACUUUACUGAAUAACCCUGUCUGUCUGAUGGGACAGUGUUGUGUAAAGAGGAAAAUAGGUCUGAAGCAGAGGCUAUUUUCCUAGUUUUCAAAAAAAUAAAUUGUGCAAAAAUAGCUCAAGAACAAACCGAUAUAACUUUCAUUAUUAUUGUCUUACAAUCUGAGUGUUCCUUGGAUGUAUUCACAUAUACAGUAAAAAUUUAGAUUCAUCGUAUUUGCUUCCUUUCUAAUCUUCAGAGUGUAGAUGUUUUAGAAGUAAUUCUUAGUAGACUGAAAAAUUACACUUAUUGAAGUGUAUGUCUGGUUAACUUGUAGCAAGCUAUUGAAUUACUAUUUAAUGCCCAAACUAACUCUUUAAAUUGUUUCUACAGGAAAAUAAACUAUCAAUUUGGUCCACUGGUGGUUUUGGAGCCCUAAAUACUGAAGAAGACUAUCAAGGCGAUUUCAAAUUGCUGUGUGAUAUCAGACACAAUGGAGAUGUCUUGGAUAUGCAGGUAUUUGUUUAAAACAGGGCUGGAGUUUGGGAAAGCCUGGUUUAGAAAACUACAGGGCAGUUUUAGCACAUAUGUGUUGCUACUUUUAUAGACUUCUAAAGGCACUCCAUAGUAAUAGGAGGAUAAAAAUCUGAAAAAGUGUUGGCCGCUUUAUGAUUUCAAACUUAAACUUAAUUUCUUAAUGUUUUAAAUGAACACUCUAAUGUUAGUGUUACAAAUACAAGCAAGUAUUCCUAAUAGAACAUACCAUUUAUUUAUAUCUUUUGACUAAAACUGGGGCUCUUUCAGCAUGCAAUGCUUAUACAUUCUACUGCAACUUUGAAAAUGCAGAAAUGUGACCUAGACUGGUAGCACAUAAUUGCUGUCCAGCUAUUUGAGACUUGGCAAAAUGAGUCAAGCAUAAGGUGCUGGAUAUGCAAACCUCUGGUCAAAUGGUGUGGCACCAAUCAGGGGGCAUUUCCAUCUGAGGUUUAAUAUUCCACUCACUUCAUAGUAGACCUGUAUGCAGUUAUAUUUCUCUCUCCAAGAUCACUUUUAAUAGCACAGAUCUACUUUAAGCAGCAACUGUAAGACGUAUGGUGUAUGUAACAGUAUUACAAAUUGUAUUAAUAAAUAUUUCCAUCUAGGUUCUAGUAUACAAGUGCUGAAUGUAUAAAUACAAAUGUUCCCUUGUGGUUUUUCUCCUGAAAACAUAUGUGUUGUGUUUUUAAACUUUAUUGGAAAAAGCAUCUCCUUUUCAAAAUACACUUUUAAAAUAAGCUUUUAGUGACUGGUAUACAUUGAUACACCGUCCCCUAAUGUUUUAAUGACUUCUCAAACAGACAAAUUGUGUACAUUUUAAAUGUAUCUAUUGUAUUGUAUUGUUUUUCCCAAGGAUUGUCUUCUACCAGAUUUGUUUAGAAAGUUUGAUAUGCUCAGCUGCUAAACACUAAACUUUUUAUUUUAUGUAUGCAUUAGUUUCUAGAUAAAGAUCGGAUUGUAACAGCAUCAUCAUCUGGAAGCGUUACAAUUUUUCGUCACCAUCAAAACAACCAGGUAACUUUUUUUAAAUGUUAUGUUGCCUGAGGAGGUGGAGCACAAUGAAUGUUAAUAUGUCCUGCUGCUAACAAUGAAAAAAAUCCUUAGAUGUAUCUUUUGCUUCAGUGUUACUGAAACAUGUUCUCAAUUUUAAUCCUAUAUUUUUGAAGACAUUAUCAGAAAAACAGAGAUGGGUUCAAGCACACCAUCAUGUGGGAUCAAAAGGCAUAGCAGCUCCCUGCACUAGUGUUGUGUGUAGCAAUCCAGAAAUAGUCUCUGUUGGAGAAGAUGGUCGUAUAAAUCUUUUCAGAGCGGACAGCAAAGAAGUAGUAAGAAUAAUCGGUGAGUCCUCUCAUUGUAUUGACAUUAUGUGAUCUGGUUUUAUAUAAUUAUCUGUGUCUGCAUCUUUAGUAUGCAUAAAAUACAUAAGGAAAAUUAGUCACUACUUUUCCUUAUGUAUAGGGGUGAAAUUGACAAAACGUGAGGAGCUUAACCAAGGUUCUUUUUCACGUGUCAAAUUAACCCACAUUCCAUCAGUAAAACUAAUUCCACAAAAUGGCUGCACCCAUAUAUUGAGAAAUUUAUAAUAAAGGGAAGUGUUAAGGUGAGGAGUAUAAUCAGAGCUAGAAACAUCCCAGUAGCCAGGUCUCUGUGGAGACUGGGAAUAUUGUCCUGGCGCCUGGGAUUUAUUGACCUGUUCAGCUCCCGAGGCGGGUGGCUGACAGAGCGGGUGAAGGUGACUAGCCGGCUUAUAGCUUAUUAAAGCGGCCGGCUAAGGGAUACUGGAGGCAGCGAGGGAGCUGUAAUCUCCCUGCUCUGCUCCCUCGCACACCUACCAGUGAUGCCAGAAUAUGACGUCACUCCAUCCCUGGGAACAGCUCUCUAGGGAGCAGGGAGAUGACAGCAGCCUCACUGGACCCCCUGGGAAAGCUAAACCACUCCAGCUCUCCUAAACUGAGGAUAGCGCACCUUAGGGGGUUAAACUGAAUAAUAAAUCAUGACUAAUAGAUACACUGAUGGUUAAAGCAGCAAUAUACAAACAACGCAAACCAGAGUGGAGAGUCCACUUGCUGGCUAACACCAAAUCCUGUUGCCAAGGUGAGAAGAUAAAUCAUCCAUGGAAAGGUUGUGCCAGUUAAAGGGACACUCCAGGCACCCAGACCACUUCUGCCCAUUUGAGUGGUCUGGGUGCCAACUUCCACUACCCUUAACCUUUCUAUAAACUGCAAUAAUUACCUUGCAGGGUUAACUCCUCCUCUAGUGGCUGUCUACUAGACAGCCACUAGAGGGCACUUCCUGAUUCAUAGCACAGGUCUUCUGGCAACCGGGGAUGGGAGGUGGGAGGGAGAGGGGACUUGCAGUGCCAGGAAAACGGAUUGUUUUCCUGGCACUGGAGUGUCCCUUUAAGUCUCUCCUAUUGCAUCUAGAUAAAAUGUGCUGCGACUGCUCGAUUUGUUCCAAUAGCAUAUAGCAAGAUUCAUUUAUUAGUACUUUACCCACAGUUUAGUUUUUUGGUAUUGUGAAUGCUUCUGGUCACCUCUAUUUUGAGGAGUUAGUUUUUUGAUAAAGGCUUUUGCAGAAUUAGAAUAUCUGUUUUGUUGUUUGUUUGUUUUUAGAAUAUUUAUUUAUACUUUUUUCAAACUCUAGGAAUCGUUUGUUCAAUGCUUGUUUGGGAAUGGGGGUAGCAUUGGCUUCCUUCUGUGGCCUGUAUAUUUGGUACCUUGUCCCCUUAGGUUAACCAGAGGUGAGGAUAUGCGAUUCAUUUAAUCAUUAGUUUUAGAGACUCUUCCGCUUCAAACAGGGUCUCUCUUUUCUUUCUAGAUGGUGAUGGGUUGCAGAUUUUGCCAUCUGCCGCCAAGAGGUUAAAUUUGAAUCUGGCCCUCUUCAUUCUUAUUUCUGUUUUUACCACAAUAAUUGACAUAGUGUAGCAAAGAAAGAUGCAAACGCCUUCUAGAUUUCUUGCACAAAUUAAUUCUACUUUUAAUGUUGCAGAUGAUGCAGACAGCAGUGCUAUGCACGCAGUAACAUUUCUUCGUACUACUGAGAUAUUGACUGUGAACUCAUUUGGGCAGCUGAAGAUGUGGGAUUUGAGACAACAAGGCAAUGACCCUACCCAGAUUUUCUCUGUGUGAGUAUGGACAAAGUAAAUGUGCCUUUUUUUAUCUCUAUCCCAUUUUGUUUUAUUUUUAUUGUGCUUUAUGCGCACUAAAUAUCCUACUAACGUAGAAAGCCCAGGUCUUGUGCAGCGGUGUAAGGCUGGACACAACAUAACACCCCAGCUACAUAACAUUGCCUUCUUACCAGUCAACUUAUGCCAGUAUUAAAGGGACACUAUAGUCACCUGAACAACUUUAGCUUAAUGAAGCAGUUUUGGUGUAUAGAACAUGCCCCUGCAGCCUCACUGCUAAAUCCUCUGCCAUUUAGGAGUUAAAUCCCUUUGUUUAUGAACCCUAGUCACACCUCCCUGCAUGUGACUUGCACAGCCUUCCAUAAACACUUCCUGUAAAGAGAGCCCUAUUUAGGCUUUCUUUAUUGCAAGUUCUGUCUAAUUAAGAUUUUCUUAUCCCCUGCUAUGUUAAUAACUUGCUAGACCCUGCAAGAGCCUCCUGUAUGUGAUUAAAGUUCAAUUUAGAGAUUGAGAUACAAUUAUUUAAGGUAAAUUACAUCUGUUUGAAAGUGAAACCAGUUUUUUUUUCAUGCAGGCUCUGUCAAUCAUAGCCAGGGGAGGUGUGGCUAGGGCUGCAUAAACAGAAACAAAGUGAUUUAACUCCUAAAUGACAGUGAAUUGAGCAGUGAAAUUGCAGGGGAAUGAUCUAUACACUAAAACUGCUUUAUUUAGCUAAAGUAAUUUAGGUGACUACAGUGUUCCUUUAAACUUCUCAAAAAACACACAAUCUUAUUUGCUAAGUGCUUACUAUCUAUGUAAAGGAAACAAACCUCACUUUCUUCUCUAAAAAACUGGACACAUGAGGAAUUCAGAAACAUUGAUUUUCUACCAAGACUAGCCUGCUAACUAAAUUUUUACAGAAACUGCAACUUGGCAUGAAAGUAAUAUUGGUCUCAUACACUCAAAGUGUCUUUCAGUAUCAAGGGCAGUUUAAAAAAAAAAAAAUUUUUUUAUAUAUAUAUAUAUAUAUAUAUAUAUAAUUUUUUAUUUUAGUGUUCAAGUAGAGAUUGUAGCCGUAUUAGUCCAGUGAUGUAGAUGUAAAAAAACAGAUAAAAUUCGUAUCUUGUAAUACAUUUUUUAUUGGACAAACAGAAUUUUUUUCUUUCGGGAGAACCUCCCUUUCUCAAGUCUGAAGCAUUUCUGAGCAAGACGACACAUAAAAUUCAAAGUUGAAUUGUGAUACAGAUGUUAAAGCGACAUUAGUGUAGAUAAGACACAGGUUUGUUAGAAAAUAGACACCAUCUUAGCAGAGGGUCAAAAAUAUCUUUUUGAAGAGCAGAGUGAGGGGGGAGAGCGGGAAAAGAAAAGCAGACCGUGCAGAGGAUGGUACACUUUAUACAUGCGCGCACACACAUAUGUAUAUGUGAACGCAUAAACCCAUGUACAUAUACAUAAACAUACAUACUUGCACAUGAACUCAUAUACACAUAUAAAUGCACAGUAAAUAUAUAUAUAUAUAUAUAUAUAUAUAUAUAUAUAUAUACACACACACACACGAGUAUGGGAAAGCAAAGGUCUACACAUAGUACUUUGUAACAACUAGCUAGUCUGAGAUAGACAUUGUUACAUGCUAUGUUUAAAACACACAAUAAUGAAAAUAAGAAUAUUCAGGUGAUAUUCAGGCUAGGAAAACAUUUCAUAGGAUUAGUAAGACUUUUAUACAUAUGAAGAGUAAAAGGCAAGACAUGGAGAUUACUGAGGAUUAUGUUAAUCUAAAGUACAAGAGUCACAGGUAAUGAACACCGGGUCGCCCCCGCAUUCCAGUAGCUGCAUUCCACUAUAAAAUAUGCAGAUAGAAAUCAUAGGUAUAUAAGAACAAAUCAUAAGAGUAUAAGAGCAAGCAGUUCAACAAGCAUUAAAGAUGAAUUACAUGCCGAACACCAACAACAUGGCAGCCACCCAUGUUGGGUGAAUCACAGGUAGCGGACACCGUAUCUGACUCAAUCUAUCCUUGUCAGCGGCUGGAGUGGUGCGUGUACCCGGGUGAUCAGGUAGUGGUUUCCAGAAGUAGAGCAGAUCCGGGUUCUCCCUCGGCCCCAGGCCUGUGUGAGAGCCAGCAUCCUUAGUCCACGAGAACCAAGUCCUUCCCCCUUCUUCGCCCACAUUGUAAGCUAUUUGAGUUCAUCUAGGAGCAGUGGCGUACAUACCAGGGUCGCGACCGGGCCCGGCCGCCCCUGCGACCCGGUGUGUACCCACUGGGCCAGCCUCUUCUCCUGGGGGGCCCAGGAACCGGCCACCUCAGGGCCCCCCGAGGCUGGCCCUGCUGACACCAGGCAGGCGGGUGGCCGGGCAGGCAGGCGGGCGCGCGAGGGAGCACUCAGUGCUUCCUCUUCAGCUCCCUCGCGCACCGCACUGAUGCCGGAGCCGGAAGAUGACAUCAUCUUCCGGCGCCGGCAUCCCUACGCAGUGCGCGAGGGAUCUGAAGAGGAAGCACUGAGUGCUCCCUCGCGCGCCCGCCCAACCGGCCACCCGCCCAGGAGCCCAGCAGCACCACUGGACCCCAGGGAAUCCCCCCAGCACUCCAAAAGGUAAGGAGGCUGGGGGGAUUACAUUUAAAAAAAAAAAAAAGUGUGUUAGUGUGUAAGUGUUAGUGUGGGUGUCAGUAUUAGCUAGUGUCAGUAGUGUGUUACUGUGUGUGUCUUAGUGAGUCUGUUUGAUGUCUGUUGGUGAGUGUGUGUUUGUCAAUGAGAGUGUAUGUUUUGUAAGUGAGUGUGUAUGUAUGUCUUUCACUGAGUGUGUCUCUGUCAGUAAAUGUGUGUAUGCGUCUGUAAGUGAGAGUGUGUGUGUCUUCAGCGCCGGACUGCCUUGGCGCUGGGGAUCCCUCAGCCUCUCAGCUCCGAAUGCGACCGCGCGCGCAUUCAAACUGCCCAUAGGAAAGCAUCACUCAAUGCUUUCCUAUGGAUGUUCAGUGUGCUCCUCUAGCGGUUGUCAGUGAGACAGCCACUAGAGGCUGGAUUAACCCUCAGUGAAACAUAGCAGUUUCUGAGAAACUGCUAUGUUUUCAGCUGCAGGGUUAAAACUAGAGACCUGACACCCAGACAACUUCAUUGUGAUCUGGGUGUCUGUAGUGGUCCUUUAAGUGUGUGUGCAUCUGCAUGCACUGGCGUACAUACCGCGGUCGCAGCCCUGUAACCCCUGCGACCAGGUGCCCACCGCCAUGUGUUGCGGCCCGGCCCGCGCGUGGUGGGGGCCACGGAUCAAUUUUCGCACCGGGGCCCCAUGGGUCAUGUGUAUACCACUGUCUAGGAGCACUGUAGGCUGAAACCCCAGAGAAUUUAAUUUGCAAGCCCUGUUUAACCCCUUAGUGACUAGAACGUUUUUCAAUUUUGUUACCGUUAAGGCUCUUUUUAUAUUUCUGUGGUGUUUGUGUUUAGCUAUAAUUUUCCUCUUACUCAUUUACUGUACCGACACACAUUAUAUACCGUUUUUCACACCAUUAAAUGGUCUUUCUAAAGAUACCAUUAUUUUCAUUAUAUCAUAAAAUUUACUAUAAACAAAUUAUAAAAUUUUAAAAAAAAACACUUUAACCCCCAAAAUCUGUUGCGCAUCUAGAACCGCCCAAAAAACACUUGUGCUAUAUAGUUUCUAAAUUUUGUCCCGAGUUUAGAAAUACCCAAUGUUAACAUGUUCUUAGCUUGUUUUGGAAAGUUAUAGGGCAAUAAGUACAAGUAGCACUCUAUUUCCAAACCUUUUUAUUAACACAAACAAUUGCAUAGUAACACUAUCUGUCUGGAAUCCCUGAAUAACCUUUCACAUGUAUAUAUUUUUUUUAAAAGAAGACAACCUAAGGUAUUAAACUUUUAUUAUUUUGACUCUCUUCAUUCAAACAUUUUACCACCAAUAUAUGCCAAAUUAAAAGUUUUUUUUUUUUUUUUUUGGACACACAUAGCAACUUAAGAAUACAUGUACGGAGAACUUUUAAGGGUUACUGCCAGAGAACACCCCAUUGUGUGUUCAGCACAUAAACCCUAGUGUAUUUCAAAUAGUGGUAUUUUAACACUUUUCAUGCACUAAUUCUACCACCAGUCUUUGUCAAAGUUUUGGGUAGUCAUUUCUUUUUUUUUUUUUUCUCACAUUGAACUUUAGGCAUAGAUUCUCAGUUCCUGUUAUGUGUUACUGCCAAAAAAACUCUGCAACAUCUCCCAGGUACAACAGUGCCCCCAAUGUUCAGGUUUUAUGGGUUUUUGCAAACUUACAGGGGUCAAAUGUAGGGCUUUUCCAUGUUUGCACAUUGAAAUUUGCCAGAUUGGUUUGCUGGGCCUAUGUUGCCUUUGAGACAGUAUAGCAGCCCAGGAAUGAAAAUUAACCCCAUCAUGGCAUACCAUUUGUAAAAUUAGACAACCCAGGGUAUUCAAAAUGGGGUAUGUCCAGUCUUUUGUAGUAGCCACUUAGUCACAAAAGCUGGCCAAAGUUAGCGUUCAUAUUUGUUUUUUGCAUUUAUUUUAUUUACACAAAAACUGCACUUUUACUGGUGAUUUCAUCGUCGUGAUAAGUUUUACUGUUUUAAACACUCCUGUGUUCAGCGAAGUCUCCCGAGUAUAACAAUACCCUCCAUGUACAGCGCUCAAAUUUGCAGCGGACAUAUCAGGUAUGUCUGCGGUCCUUAAGGACCUUUUUUUUCCGGACGUACCUGAUACGUCCGUGGUCAGGAAGGGGUUAAACCUGUUACUUUCCAAAACCCCAUAACAUCUGUAUAUGGGGGUUGGGAACUGAUGUAUUUGUAAGGCAUUGCUGAACACAAAUAUGAGCAGUAAACGUACAAUGACUAUAAUAUCUCGAAAAAUGAAAUACCAACUUUGGCCAGGGUUUGUGACUAUUGGCUACUAAAAAAGACUGAGCAUACCCCAUUUUGAAUACCCGGGGUUGAAAACUUUUGCAAAUGGUAUGCCAUGAUGGGGGAAUUUCUCAUUCCUGGGCUGCCAUAUGGUCUCAAAUGCAACACAGGCCAUCAAAUCAAUCUGGCAAAUAUCAAUAUGCAAAAACUGAAAUGGGCAAGCUCUUUAUUUGACCCUGUAACUUUCCAAAACACCAUGAAACCCAAACAUGGGGGGUAUUGUUGUACAUCACAGCAUACAAAUAAGUGUGCUUUAUUUCAGAAAAAUCUAAGGCUAUUAUGACAUUCACAGUUGAAAUGACAUCUAGAACUUGGAUAAUAACAUUUCUUACGCUUGUCUAGAUUUUACACAUAUUAAAUAGUGUACCUGAUGUGAAAUAAAAAUCCCUUUUUCUCCUGAGCAAAAUGAUAUAUAUUAAGUGUGGGUGCACUUUAUAUGAAAGUGGUAAAUUAUGCGGCGUGGCAUGGAAGCUAUCAGCCUGUGGCACUGCUGAGGUUUUAUAGAAGACCAGAAUGCUUCAAUAGCGGCCUUCAGUUCUUCUGCAUUGUUCGGUCUCAUGUCUCAUCUUUCUCUUGGAAAUGCCCCAUAGAUUCUGGGGUUCAGGUCAGGUGAGUUUGCUGGCCAAUCAAGCACAGUAAUCCCACGGUCAUUGAACCAGGCUUUGGUGCUUUUGGCAGUGUGGCCUGGAAAAUGAGGUCCGCAUCCCCAUACAGCUCGUCUGCGUGCUCCAAAAUCUCCUGGUAGACAGCUGCGUUGACCCUGGACUUAAUAAAGCACAGUGGACCAACACAAGCAGAUGACAUGGCUCCCCAAAUCAACACAGACUGUGGAAACUUCACAUUGGACUUCAAGCAUCUUGCAGUGUGUGCCUUAAUUCUUCCUCCAGACUCUGGGUUCUUGGUUUCCAAAUGAGAUGCAAAUGUUGCUCUCAUCAGAAAAGAGGACUUUUUACAACUGAGCAACAGACCAGGUCUGGUUUUUUUAUUUUUAUUUUUUAACCCAGGUAAGAUGCUUCUGACGUCGUUUGUUGUUCAGGAGCGACUUGACAAAAGGAAUACGACAUCUGAAGCCCAUGUCCAGGAUCCAACUGUGUUUGGUGGCUCUUGAUGCACUGAUUCCAGCCUCAGUCCACUCCUUGUGAAAGUCCUCAACACUUUUGAAUUGCCAUUUCCUGACAAUCCUCUCCAGGCUGCAGUCAUUCCUGCUGCUUGUGCACCUUUUUCUUCCACCCUUUUCCCUUCCACAUAACUUUCUAUUAAUGUGCUUUGAAGCAGCACUUUGGGAACAUCCAACUUCCUUUGCAAUUACCUUUUUAAAGCUUUCCCUCCUUAUGGAGGGUGUCAAUGAUGGUUUUCUGCACAACUGUCAGGUCAGCAGUCUUCCCCAUGAUUGUGAUUCCUACUGAACCAGACUGAGAGACCUUCUGAGAAAGGCUCAGAAACCCUUUGCAGGUGUUAUGGCUUACUUGACUGAUUAGAGUGGGACACUGUAAGCCUGGAAUAUUGCACCUUUCUAAUUCUAAUUUACUGAGAUUGUGGAUUUGGGGUUGUGUAAGCCAUAAUCAUCGCACUUAUGACAAAUCACGGCUUGAACUAUCUUGCUUUGCAUGUAAUGCGUCUAUCUCAUAUAUUAGUUUCUCCUUUUUACGUUGCAUUACUGAAAUAAAUGAACUUUUGCACGAUAUUAAAAUUUUUCGAGUAUCACCUGUAUAGCUCAGAUUCUAGGUUUAGUUUUGGUUCAGAACUUGGACCAUUGCAUAUAUUACAGUCUUCAAGGACUUUAUCUUUUUGACCUUACCAUAAAAAUAAAAAAAAGUCUUUUUUUUUUUUUUUUUUCCUUGUUUAUGAAAAUAAAAAAAGAUUUACUGAAAAUGUAUAGUUAAUAUGGUGUCCCCUCUUCCCCACAUUUCCAUUUACAGGACGGGUGACCGAAUUCCCUUGCACUGUGUUGACAGACACCCUAGCCAGCAGCAUAUUGUUGCAACAGGUGGACAAGAUGGCAUGCUAUGUAUAUGGGACGUUAGACAAAGCCGCAUGCCAAUAUCUCUGUUGAAUGCUCAUGAGGCAAAAAGUAAGUAUAAAUGACUUAUUUACAAUGUAGAGUUAAUAGCCUAUGUGUUCAAAUAGGACUAGAGUCACAUGUAAAGGCGUGCUGCAAAGCACCAUAACGGCUUUACACUAUUUUGCAUAGGUUAUAUUCAAAGUAGCCUGACUCUUCACCCCUCUCUCUACUGUAAGAUUUGUUUAAUUUUGUCUGGAGUGGUGAUAAACCAAACCCUGGCCUACUUUUAAUACUUGAUGAAGUGAUGCAUGAUAUUGAAUAACCACAAUAUAGGUUCCUUACUUAUUUGAUUUGUUUCUGAACGUGCAGUGUGGGAAAUCCAUUUCCAUCCUUCAAAGCCAGAUCACUUAUUCACCUGUUCAGAAGAUGGUUCUUUAUGGCAUUGGGAUGCCUCAACUGAGAUUAUAGAAAAGCCUUCCUUCCUUGGUGAGUAUACAAAACUGAAAGAUACUCUGUAUGGUUUAUUCUCUAAAUAUUAAAUUGUAGUAAAUGGAAAAUAAAUUGCAAAAUUUACUCUAAAAAAGCAAAGUGGGUUGGGAGAUCAUAAAAAUGAGUUUUAGUAUUUGUUUGAGGCAGCUUCAGACUCUAUCUGCUGAAGCCAGAACUAAACAGACUACAGCCUAGUACUGAGAGUGUGAAAGGACCACUCCACACUUAUGGUGGGGAAAAAAACCCAAAUGAAUAAAUACAUGUAUAUUUUUAUGUAUGUAUUCAUUUGGAGUAUAGUCUAAAACAGCUUGCAAAAGCUGUAAUUCUUAUGACUGCAGCCUUUCUAAGCCCUCCUAUUUUUCACAGAAAUGGAAUUGUCCAAUCAGAAGCUUCUCAUAGAGAAGCCUCUGUUCCAUUCUAUUUCAAGUGUCUCGCCUCCCUCCUCGAUCUGUGUCAAAUCUUCCUUCCCCUCUCUGUUUCAAAGCCUCUCCCUGUGUCAGAGCCUCCCCUCUCCUCCUCACCUGCUGAUUGGUGGUUAGAGGAUAUUUAGUUUCAGCAAGCUGAAGUGCUCUUUUAAGUCUCCUCUCCUAGUAGUGUGUUUUAGGCAUGUGCAUGGGGAAAAUAUUCGGCUCAGUUCAGCAUUCCGAAAUUCGGGACAUUGUCAAUUUGGGACUUCGGAUUUUAGACACUUCGGAAUUUCGGGACUUUUCUUGCAGCCGCUUGGUAGAUAACUCCCUAAUUCCUACGGUAUUAGGGUGUUAUCUACCAAAAGGCUAAAAAGACCUAAAUUGGUCUUUCAGCCAAAUUUGCUUAGUAUUGGUAAAAAUUACUUAGGAUUAGUUAAUUAGUAAAUUACUUGGUAUUAGUAAAUUGUGCCCCUACUCGCUAUACUGCGAGUAGGGGCAUGUCUAUAAAACAGUGAGCAGCCUGUGGCUAUUCACUGUGUUAAAAAAAAAAAGGGGGUUCCCCCUCAUGAGUGGCGGUGGGGGCCCUAAAGUAAAAGGGGGAGGACCUAUUAUCCUCCCCUGAUUGGCGGGUGGGGGCCCUAAAAUAAAAGGGGGAGGACCUAUUGUCCUCCCCACCGGCCACCACCCCUGAGCAGCGGGUGGGGCCCCUAAACAAGAAUAGGGGGGACCUAAUGUCCUCCCCCCUGAGCUGGGGCCCUAAAUACAAUGGGGGAGAUCCUAUGUCCUCCCCACCCCACCCUGAGUGGGUGGGGCCCAAAUGCAAAUUUAACCCCUACCUCCCCCCCCAGGUGACUAGAGGUCUCCAAACCCCUAGUCACCCCCUCCCCCAAAAAAUUAACUCCUACCUACACCCCUCACCCUAAAAAUAAUGAGGGGGGACCUUUAACUAAAAAUAAACUUACCAUUUGAUGUUUUUUUUUCUUCUAAAAUCUUUUUUCAGCCCCAAAAAACGCCAAAUAAAAAUCCAUAAUAACCGAUGCAAUUAAAAAAAAAAAAAAGCAAAAAAAUAAUAAUCAAUCUUCACCCAUGGAGGGCUCCGCACAGACUGAGCCCUGCAGGGCGGGGGAAGGCUUAUAAAGCCUUGCCCCACCCUGCAAUUAGGCUCAGAGCACUCUGAUUGGUGGGUUUAAGCCAUCCAAUCAGAGUGCUCUGACAGUUAAAUGAAGAGACUGACAGGUAAGGGCCCCCACCCACCGCUCAGGGGGGAGGACAUUACGUCCCCCCCCUCCUCUCCCAAUUUUAAUAGACAUGCCCCUACUCGCGGUAUAGUUCUUCUUCAUUCACUGGGUAAGUAUAUUAGUACUUAGGCAAUACUGUACUUCGGCAAUUCAGCUAUUCGGACAUUCAGAAGCACCUGAAUGUCCGAAUUACCAGAAAUUCGGCCCGAAACGAAUUUCACAUGUCAAGUGUGUUUGCUCAGCUUUUGCCUUAACCUAGCACAAAGAGGUGAGAUACGAGUUUGCUUUAUUAUGAAGGGCUGACAGAGCUGUACAGUAUUUUAGAAUUUGGCCUUCAGGAAGACAGCCCCAUUACUUAGAUUUAGCCUUAUCUUCCCAUCUUAUCCCAAUACUAAGAUGGGCCCCGAAAUCUAAUGACCUGUUGAAAAAAAUAUAUACUUCCCAUCAAUGUCUUCUUUCUUCUAAAGUCUUCUUUUCUUUAGCUUCCCCCGCCCCCAAGCCAUUACAUUCUGAUGUUACAAUUAAAAUAAAAUUUAAAAAACAGCCAAUUUACAAAAAUAUGACAGAAAAACAAAUAAAUUCAAGUGAGCUACUCUAUUGCUCUAAGUGAAUAACUGAAAUAGCAAAUACUGGCAAAUCCUCUUUUUUUUUUUUUUUAUAUUUAGUCUGUAAUAGCAUAAGAUGUUAAAGGAAUACUCCAAGCACCAUACCCACUGCAGCUCUCUGUAGUGGUUAUAAUACCAGGAAUACCUUGGCGCCCAUACAGAGUAAUUUGUCAAACUAUUUAAGAAUGGCUUGCCAUCUUACCUCUGCAUCCUGCAGCUGAACUGCCUUCUUUCAGUUUUUCCUGCAAAGAGAUACUAGUUAGCUGUACUGAGCUGGGCAGAGCAGCUUGUAUUGGCUGAGAGCAUAAGCUUGGCACACUCAGCCAAUGUAGCAAGUAGCAGUUAUGGUGCUUGGAGCGUUCUUAAAUACUUGCAAAUAAUUUUAAAUUCUGUUGAUAAAAUAAUUGUCUAUUUCUCCACAGGAGGAAGAAACACAUCUCAUAUGUCCCGUAGCACUAUUACACCAUCUAAUACUUGGCUCAGCAGUGACCCCACAAAGAGCCACUUGGAAAUUACUGAUCUUCUUCCCAACUCCACUCUCUCUGUGAACAGCCUGGACGUUUUAGGAGAAUUCCUGGUUUGUGGAACAGAUGCAGAAAAUAUAUGUGUGACCAGGCGACAUUUUUCAUGAACUUGAUCAUUGGAAAAAAAAAGUGUAUAUAUACUUAUGCAACUGUAAAAUUACAAUAUAUUAUUGAUUUUCUGUAACCCAGUUUAUGGAUAAAUGUGACUUUUUUCUUCUAAGCCUACUUUUGUUCUGGUUAAAUGCAAGGGUUCAUUUACUGAUAACAACGAGCAAGAAUUUUAUCAUUGGAUCAAACUUUGUGUUAUUCAGAACCCAAGAGUGAAUCAAUACAGACAAGAUGUGAACAAGACCAACUGUCCCAUGUUAUUUUAUUGAAUAUUAUACCCUUGUGACUUAUCCACAUCAAUCACUCUUCAAAUAUAUAUUUUUCCAUUGUUAUGUUAUCCCUCCUGAACUAGGAUUCAAGUCAAAAAUGAUAACACAGAUGCUUUAUCCACCUGUUUUACAUUGAAUUGUAAACAUUAUAAAUGACAUCACAAAUGUACAAUUUGGUGUUGGGGUGUGUGUAUGUAUAUAUAAAACACAUUGUUCAACACAGCUCUGCACAUACCAAACAAGCUACAUGACUUGCUUUUGCCUCAUAAAUUCCACUUCAAUAUAUGGAUUCUUUGGCCAGUAGAUAUGCUGUACACAAAUGCUUUUAACCCCUUAGUGACCAGAACACUUUUCAAUUUUCUUACCAUUAAGGACCAGGGCAGUUUUUAAAUUUCUGCAGUGUUUGUGUUUACCUGUAAUUUGCCUCUUACUCAUCUACUGUACCGACACACAUAUACCGUUU